GGACAGAGAUGGGAACAGGAAGUCGGCGGCUCCAAACGUGCCGUUUCAUGGAUCUGGCCGAUGUGUGAGCACCAUGCACGAGGACAUGUGUGAAGUUUGUCACGGCUGACUGGAGCUCGAUGGGGUCUGGAGCAAGUCAGAGAGAAGAUUCAGUUUCAGAGAUGCCCCUUUCGUCGCAGCCCAACAAUGAGACAGAUUCAUCCAGCUCGUCCGAUCGGACUCCUGUCAUCAUCGUCACGGCGCCGUCACGAGAGGACAUCUACGCCACGUCAUCCAACAUCACCAUAGCUGAUGCCAUGAAGGAACGCCGGCCCAAUUCUGCUCCCUUUAUCGUAGGGAAGAAAAUAACCAGGCAGUAGCGUUACCUGCUGCGUCAGCUUCUCAAGCGGGAUUUAAUAUGGAUUUGAGCUGCAGAACCUUCCCUGUGGUUUUAAACGGCGAUAAACUCCGGGAAACCUAUUUGUUGUCCACUCGGCGGCUCCAAAACAAGCAACAAUGGCGGCUAGCUAGCCGAAGACUGCAUGAACGUUUCUUUUCCUCUUUUGAACUAUAAAAAAACAUCCGUGGAUAUAAAAAAUGGAGACUGUUGGAGAGGACGAACCGGACACCAUAAGGCUAAAAUCCAUUAAAGACAAUAAAACCUUCACAGUGCCUCAAAACGACAGGUUUGGAAGUUGCAGAAGUGUCAGAGAGUUUGAGAAGUUAAACCGAAUAGGAGAAGGAACAUACGGCAUUGUGUAUCGAGCCCGAGACACCAAGUCUGAUGAGAUUGUUGCUCUGAAAAAAGUCCGCAUGGACAAAGAGAAAGAUGGAAUCCCCAUCAGCAGCCUCAGAGAGAUCACGCUGCUGCUGAGGCUGAGGCAUCCCAACAUCGUGGAGCUGAAACAGGUUGUUGUCGGCAGCCAUUUGGAGAGUUUGUUUCUGGUGAUGAGUUACUGUGAGCAGGACCUCGCCAGCCUGCUGGAAAACAUGCAGACGCCAUUUUCAGAGGCUCAGGUCAAGUGUAUCAUCCUUCAGCUGCUCAGAGGCUUGGAAUAUCUGCAUCACAACUUUAUCAUCCACAGGGACCUGAAGGUGUCUAAUCUGCUGAUGACGGACAAAGGCUGCGUUAAGAUCGCUGAUUUUGGAUUGGCUCGGAUGUACGGCAUACCACAGCCCCCCAUGACCCCCAGAGUGGUCACCCUGUGGUACAGAGCUCCAGAGCUCCUCCUGGGGACCAAGACCCAAACUACAGCUCUGGACAUGUGGGCUGUCGGCUGCAUCCUGGCUGAGCUGCUGGCCCACAAACCUCUGCUUCCUGGCACCUCUGAGAUCCAGCAGGUGGACCUGAUCGUGCAGCUGCUGGGAACUCCCAACGAGAACAUCUGGCCGGGUUUCUCUCAGCUCCCCCUCAUCGGUCAGUACAGCCUGAGGAAGCAGCCGUACAACAACCUGAAGAAUAAAUUCACCUGGCUGUCUGACGCUGGACACAGACUGCUCAACCUGCUCUUCAUGUACAACCCACAGCGCAGAGCGACAGCCAAGGAUUGCUUGGAGAGUUCGUACUUCAAAGAGAAACCCCUGCCKUGUGAACCGGAGCUGAUGCCGACGUUCCCCCACCAUCGAAACAAGCGGGCCGCUCUUCCGGCGGAGAGUCACUCCAAGAGGAGCAAAGUUUGAUGAAGGCGGCCCUCUGGUGGCAGGUGGUCUUGGACUUUUUAAGUAUCGUCAUUGUUCCAUUAUUUAAACAGUAUUUAAUUACAUAUCCUGCAGAGAUUAGCUUGGAUAUCAAACCUACUGUUGUUUUAUUUAUAAGGAAAUAAAAAACCUGAGGCCAUGGUCCUCAGUUGGACUGCUCCCUCCUGGUUCGUGGGGAGGUACUGUCGUCACCCCCCCCCAUACGUUCACAAGUGAGGGAAGAACGGAGCGUGAGCUCAGAGUAGAGACGAGGUUUGAAGGUUCAGUUCUCCAGAGUAGAGCUGCUGCUCCCAGAACAGGUGGCUGAAGAAAGAGAUGUCCGAUUGACUAAAAGAAAUAAAAACCUCACGAUUUUAUUAAAGAUAAAAUCGUUUCAAGUUGACAGUAAGGAGGAGCUCCAUGAAGACGCAGGAGCAGAAAGGAAGUUAGUUUUUAUGGAUUUUGUUUGAUGAAUCUGAUUUCUAUGCCAGAAAUCAAAAUAAAGUUGGAACAAACUUGAAAAAA